UAUUUUUAUUUUUAUAUAUAUAUGUGUAUAAAUAAAGUGUGUAUAUAUAUACACACAGAGAUAUAUAUCUGUGCUUUCGGGGUGGCUGGCAGCAGCCCGAGCUCCAGCACCCCUCUGUACCAGCCCAGCAUCCCCGGUGCACCAAGGUUUUCUCCCCCAGGAACGGUUUGCAGCCCAGUGCCGGUGGCAUUGCCCACCCAGCAGUAAGGAAGGGACGAUAUCUGUUUGUGUGACUUUCUAUUGUUUCUGCUGGUCUCCUGUUGUGUUUGCAAGAAGAUGUGGAGUGACCCGGUCUGGGUGGGAUGCCAGCUCUGUGCCCCUCAUCCACCCCAUCUUUGCUGCUCCCCUGCCCCUCUCCUCCGUUGAAGCCCUGUUUAGACACCUCCCAGGCGUUGUGCGUGUGGAUGUUACAGCCUCACGUUAAAGCAGAGGGAAAGGGUGCUCGUGGACCCGAGGGGACAGCCCGUGGGCUGCUCGGGAGCCCCCAGCUCCCUCAUCCCCAGGGUUCAGCCCGGGAGGGAGCUGGUGCCUGGAGCCAGCGCUGCCCUGAGCCUCGCUCAGGGAGUUGCAAAGCAGGAAGGUUCUUGAAAAUGUUAUUUUUAAUCCCUUUUUUUCCGCCCUACAGUCUUGCAAAGCUUGGCCUUAGCAUCCAGUCCUGGAUUAGGCUCCAAAUUUCCCUCCCCGGUUGUCCCAGUUUUAUUUUAAAUCCGCAAAGGGUUUACCAUGGGCACUCAGCGCUUCUCCAGACAGAUGACCGCCAGCAGCAGGAGCACCCGGGAAGGACCAGUCCCUUGCUUUAUUUUUCUCUCCAUUUUUCUGCUAUAGCAUCAAAUAACUCAGGGCUGAGCCGGCGCCGUGGGCCUCCUUUAACUCAUCGCCUGGGUCACUGUAUCAGUUUAACUCCCUUCCUUUUUUCAGGUGGUCACAAUUAUAAACCAAUAAAUUCCUCACCCUGUGUUUAACCAAGGCCUGCAAUUUGUAUGCAUAUAUAUAAAUUAUCAGCAGCUUUCAUUGUCUGUCUUGCAGGGCAGAAAGUGUGUUAAUAAUCUCCCUACCUGUAGCUGAUAGUUAUGAUCCCAAUGUAUGUAAUCUUUUUGCGCUACACUUGCCCUCAAUUUAAAAACAUAACACGUUAGCUGUGUUUAAAAUGCAGCAAUGCAAUGGGAAAAUAAUAAUAAUAAUCAUGGGCUGUGCUGAAUGAGCGCUUUAAGGCUGAUGGAGUCCAAAGUGCUUUGCAAAAUGGGCAUUACCGGCACUGAGCUGCCCUCGCUGUGCCAUAACGUGGGGAGGGCGCAGCGGCAUCGUGCCGUGCCGAGGGUCGUCUCUCGCUGCGCCUGGUGCCCGGCCAAGCUCCAGGAGGGAUUUGAGCAGUCAGGAAAGUUCCCACCCUGGAAGUUGGCCAGGAUGGGGCUCAGCCUGUGCAGGGGUUCCUGCAGGGCUGGAGAUGAGGAGGGAUAUCUGUGCCCUGAGCAUUGGCAGUUUGUUGCCGUAUGGCUGCAAGCAGACACCUGGACCCACUGCAUGGGCUGGAGAUGGAUAAAUUCAGGCUGGAAAAAAAGCAAUUCUUCAAGCGUGAGGUGGAUGUGGAGGUUCAGCUCAAGCGAGUGGUGGUGGCGGGCGCAGGUCUCUGCCCUGGCUUUGCCCAGCGCCUGUGUCCAUAGAGCCGUGGGCAAUCACCCGUGGAAUCACACAUUUCCCAGCGGUGAGCAGCUGCCUUGGCAAAGCCUCUGCCGCGGUCACCCCAGACUGCAUGGAGUUGAGGCCCCAAUGCUCCCAGUCCCUCCCAGUCUCUUGCCAGCAGUGGAGCCCCAGAGCUGCCCAGGGACCCUGGUGAGGGUUUUGCGGGGUGGUGAGUGGGAGAGAAGGGACCGGCCCCCAGUCGCUGCCUUAGCUCACGGGAACAGAAUGUGUCCUGCCCAUGGAGCCCAAAAUAUCCCCUGGCACCAUCUGCGCCCGGCGCCAGCGCUGCUUCCUCGCGUAACCCACACCGUGCCCAGCCCUGCCGGGGCUGCCGGCCUGUGGCCGUGCCAGCGGGUCACUGCUGUGGGACCGACACCGUCAUCAGGGUGCACACGUGGCGUUGCAGUUUCAGGACGCUGAGCACUGCUUUUGCAGCCAGGUUUUACCUGGCUAUGCCGCUUUGCACCCUGCCAGCACCCGCCUAUGCGCCAAGGUGGGCACCUUUGGGUCCCUGGAGUGCCAGGAGCCAUCCCACCGGUGGCUGCGAGCCAGAUUUCCUCCACAAGCCCCUCCAAAACCAGCUCGAUCCCUGCAGGCACAGAAGGAAAGCUUGGCAGGGUAGGAGCGGAUGAGCGCCUGGCCCUCUGCUUCUUUGCAGCAGGUAAUAAGCUGUUUGCUUUGGAUUUAAGAGUGACAAUUUGGCUGUCACCGGGAAGCCGACUUGCUGUCCUCGCUGGGGACAAACUGGGCUUAUCCCGGGGGAACUGUGGGCUCUGGGCACCGUGAGCUGUAAAUUCCAACUGGCUGCUGGAGCAUUUUAGUCCUUGAAAAGCAGCCAGGCAGCAGCGAUGGCACGGUGGCGUGCAGGGAGGGCUGGGACGGGAGGCAGCCGUAAUUCAUGAUUGUGUCCCCGAGCUGCUGUCACCUCCCUCGGCCGGGCUCCGGGGAGCCACCCAGCACCCCGAGCUCUGCGCCAGCCGGGGGGACGAAGCACCCCGAUGGGUGCAAAGGGGUCCCCAUCACAUGCCGGUGCAAUAGAGGGGAACAAAUCAGCUGCUCACCCUUCAGCCCCUCUAUUUCUUUGCCUGGCAUCGGAUUUUUCAGCCCCAAACCACCUCCGCUCCGGCGGCCGUUCCCAGCCCCGGUCCGAGGGGAACCUUCCCACCGCCGGGCGGGACCGGCCCGCGGCUGGUGGAGCCGGGGCUGGCUGGUCCCCGCCUGGCUGGUCCCCGCCUGGCUGGUCCCCGCCUGGCUGGUCCCCGCCGCCCCGGCUGCUCCGCCCGCCGUGCCCGGCGUUCCUGGGUCGGCAGCGCCGCUCGCUGGGGGCUGGCGGCAACGCUGAGACCCAGCCCUGCUGCAAACCUGCCCCGCAGCCCUGCUGCAAAUCUGCCUCAUCGCAAAUCUGCCCUGCUGCAAACCUGCCCCGCAGCCCUGCUGCAAAUCUGCCUCAUCGCAAAUCUGCCCUGCUGCAAACCUGCCCCGCAGCCCUGCUGCAAACCUGCCCCGCAUCCCUGCUGCAAAUCUGCCUCAUCGCAAAUCUGCCCUGCUGCAAAACCUGCCUUGCAUCCCUGCUGCAAACCUGCCCUGCAUGCCUGCUGCAAACCUGCCCCAUUGCAAACCUGCCCCAUCACAAACCUGCCCCGCAUCCCUGCUGCAAACGUGCCCCAUUGCAAAUCUGCCCUGCUGCAAACCUGCCCCAUUGCAAACCUGCCCCAUCACAAACCUGCCCCGCAUCCCUGCUGCAAACAUGCCCCAUUGCAAAUCUGCCCUGCUGCAAACCCGCCCUGCAUCCCUGCUGCAAAUCUGCCCCAUCGCAAACCUGCCCCAUCGCAAACCCGCCCUGCAUCCCUGCUGCAAAUCUGCCCCAUCACAAACCUGCCCCAUCGCAAAUCUGCCCUGCAUCCCUGCUGCAAACCUUCCCCACUGCAAACCAUCUCCCCAUGUCCCUGAUGCAAACCUCCCUGCUGCAAAACUUCCCCACAUCCCUGCUGCAAACCUUCCCCACAGCCCCACUGCUGGCCCCACUGUCAAGUCUCCCUGUGUCCCUGCUGCCAACCCCAUGCAAACUGUCCCCAUGUCCCUGCUGCCAGCCCCAGUGCCAACCCUGCCCGUGUUGCUGCCAGCGCUGCUGGGAAACGCCACCCUCAUCCCAUUUUCUUGCUGAGUGGCUGCUUCACGGGACGGCAGGGGACAAGGACCCACUCCAGCAAACAGAAAAUAUGACUCGCGUUCUUCCCUCUCCCACGCGGGAUAUGGAGCAUCCUCAUCCCUCCCGGGAGAUCGGCAAGAGCUGGCUGCCCGCCCUCGGCGUGGGGGCAAGUUUGGGUCUCAGACCCCGUCCCCAGCUCUCUCCCUGCUCUGCCCGUGCCGCAGCCAUUGCACAAAGCCGGGAGCAGAGCCAGGAUGGCGGCUGGGACCCGAGCUUCCUCCUGCCCGGUGGCUGCUCUGAGCACCGGGCAGCGGUGCCCAAGCUCUGCCCGCAGCCUGCCUGGAUGGCCAUGGAGGGAAAUGCUCCGUCUUCCUCCCUUCCCACCGGGCACAGGGAUUGGGGUACUCCCUGGGGACAUGGGGAAAGCGUGUCCUCCAAGGGCUGAAAGCUGAAUGCAUGAAAUGGAUGCUCUUAUCUAAAAACACCUGGAAGGGGAAGGGGGGGGCUGAAAGCAAAUGUGCUGGGCUCUGCAGAGCCCCAGCUGGGCUUCACCGCUCCCCGCAGGGGUUGGUUGCCUUUGAGCAAGCUCUGCAGCACACAGUGCUUUACAAACCCUUUUCCUCUCAUUAUUUUCCUGACACCUUGAAGAGGUCCCUCUAACUGCCAGGCACUUUGGGGAGGUCGGUUUGACAUCCAGAGCUGGGGUUUUUAGCAGCUCCUGUGGGCUGUCACAGCAGCCCGUGCCUCGCUGGAGCUGGGACACAGCCCUUCAGCUCAGGUUUUGCUCCUGCAAAGAUGCUGCUCAGCAUCCAGGAGCUGUCACGGGGGUUUGUGCCGCGUUCCCCACGGCGCCUCUGCAGCGGUGGGCGGCUCACCCACGAGUCGCACAGGGACGAGGACACAAGGGUUUUCCCCGUGUGACGGACCAGUUUGACAUCAUCGCCAGCCAUGUGUGCAUGGGAUGCUGCUUGUGCCGGUGCUGGGAAGGGUGCAUCGCCCAGCAGAGGCUUCUCUGGCCGAUAAAAAUAAUUAUUGCUGGCUGAGAUGUUAGAGGAAGCUCCAUGUAAGUGCUGGCUUUGCUCUGCUAGCUCUCCAAGAUGGUUUCUCCAGGGUUUAGAGACCCUAGAACAGCAGCUGCCACUGUCGGAGGAGGAAGGAGAGGAGUGCGGGAACUGAUGGAUGUCCCUGGCCGUUCCUGCUGGGAUGGAGGGUGAGCUGGUGAGCAUCUCACCUUGCUCCCGGCUUGGCUGAAAUCAGUGGGACUCCACCAUGAGCUGCUUUACUGUCCCAUGUGUUUAACAAGGGGGGUUUAUGGCUUGACCCUCACUCCCAGGUCCAUCCCAGGGAAGGCUGCCCUUGGGUUGUGCUCUCCUGGGGUGAGCAGGGUGGUCGUGAGCACCAGCCGGCCCCGCUCGCCCUUGCCCCGUGCCACGAAGCCGGGCUGGUGCAGACACACGACAGCCAUUUCCAGCCACCCUGGUAGCUUCUUGCUCUGUGGCUGGAAUGGGAACCCCAACCGCGACUGAAGGAUGAGUCACAUUUCCCAGAGCCAGCUACGGAAGAAGGGAAUUAAAUACAUAUAUUCAUGCUGAAGAAGGGAAGAGCGAGCUCUGGGUCGCUUGGUGUGUUUCCAGAGGGGCUUAGCCAAAGCCAUGAUGCCAAAAGCCUGGGGUUUGUCACGGAGGAAGGUGAUCUGUGUGUCAUGAGGGGAUGGUGGGAGCUGGGACGGUGCGGUGACCCCCCCCCCGGAUGAUGCAGCCCGAUGGGGAGAAGCUGCUGAGCAUCAGCAAUGCACCCGCACACACCAUGGGAAAUGGGGUGCUGUGCCGGAGCCGUGCUGGGAGCUGCGGGAGUGAUUUCAGUCACGGCUCCCAUCAUCAUCGCCUGCUUUCUCCUAGCAUCCCAGCAGUGCAUGGUGCCGGCACACCACCUGCCUGGCUCCUCCGGCUCUGCCGGCACCACCGGGAUGCUCCUUGGCUCGCUCAGCAGGGAGAGGCCACCCAAAUCGGGGGGGCAGGAUGCUGCGGCCCCAGGGUUGCUGGGAGCACUGGUAAGACUUGAAAAUAGUAUCAGCGUCACCGGGAGAGUAAAUGCUGUGGUUUUCCAGCUAGGAGACAGCCCUGGCGCAGCUUUCCCUGCAGAAAUCCCUCACAGAGCCUUGAACAUCCCAGGAUUUAUUUGCCGGAGAGCUGGAGGCCACCAAUUAAUGAGGCUGCGAUGGAAAUGUUGCACAGAGGAGCCCGAAGGUGAUGUUUUGCCAUAAGGGGAUCUGACACAUGAGCCUCGCCUCUGGAUGGACAUUGGGAUCCUCUAACAGGGGGAAGCUGAGCGAGAGCAGCCCCACCGGGACUCCCUGGAGAGGAUUUAGGGCUGGGGUUCGGCGUGGGAGGGCUCAGGGUGGAUGCCGGCGUGGGGAGAUGCUGUGCCGGGAGGGAAUGGCACAGCCAGACAAACAAUGCAGCCAGACAAACAACCGCCCGCUGGGAAUCGGACGGCGGCAAAUGAGCACAUGGCCGGGCUCCCCAGGCACCGGGGUCUUGCUCACGCCGCAGCACAGCCGGUUGUUAGAAAGGUGGUGUUAAGCUGUUGGUGAGGACGAGGUGUUUGGGGUUUUUUUUCCGGUGUAGCAAGUGUUUGUUUCUGUAAUUUGAUGUAUUACAGUGAUUGAAAACUUUAAUAUAAAUAUUAAUCCAAGGAAAAUGGGGGUUUGUCGACGUUUGAGCUUUCAUCGGAGAGAAU